CUUUCACCCGCGCCAUGGCCGCAUUUCGAUUCUUGAAUCUCGUCCGGCCGUUCCUCCCGAUAUUGCCAGAGGUCUCCUCGCCCGAUCGGAAAGUCCCCUUCAACCAAAAAGUACUAUGGACGGCUGUCACGCUCCUCAUCUUCCUGGUCUGCUCCCAGGUCCCACUCUACGGGAUCAUGUCCUCUGACUCGUCCGACCCCCUGUACUGGAUGCGCGUCAUUCUCGCCUCUAAUCGUGGAACUCUGAUGGAACUUGGAAUCACGCCCAUUGUCACCAGUGGGAUGAUUAUGCAGCUGCUGGCCGGUGCGAACCUCAUAGAGGUCGACUUCUCACUGAAGGACGAUCGGGUGCUAUUCAGCGGGGCUCAGAAGCUGUUCGCCCUCAUCAUCUCCCUUGGUCAAGCGACGGUCUAUGUCCUCACCGGUCUCUACGGUCAACCUCGCGACCUCGGCGCCGGUGUCUGCCUCCUGCUGAUCAUCCAGCUGAUCUCAGCCUCGCUCAUCGUCAUCCUCCUCGACGAGCUGCUCCAGAAGGGGUACGGUCUCGGCUCCGGCAUCUCGCUCUUCAUUGCGACGAAUAUCUGCGAGUCCAUUGUGUGGAAGGCGUUCUCGCCGACGACCGUGAACACCGGGCGUGGUCCCGAAUUUGAAGGCGCGGUCGUCUCCCUCUUCCACCUGCUGUUCACUUGGAACGACAAGGGGCGUGCGCUGCGCGAAGCGUUCUGGCGCGAGCGUCUGCCGAACAUCAUGAACCUGAUCGCGACGGUGGUCGUCUUUGCAGUCGUUAUAUACCUGCAGGGCUUCCGCAUUGAGAUCCCUGUCAAGUCGAACCGGUUCCGUGGCCAGCGCGGGUCCUACCCUGUCAAACUGUUUUACACGUCCAACAUGCCCAUCAUGUUGGAAUCCGCUCUGACGUCCAACGUUUUCAUGAUUUCGCAGAUGCUCGCAUCGCGUUUUCCCGAGAACUUGUUUGUGAAAUUGCUUGGUGUCUGGGAGCCAUUGGAAGACUCACCCCAGCUCGCGGCUGUUUCUGGCAUCGCGUAUUACAUGUCGCCUCCCCAUACGCUCAAGGCGGCUUUGCUCGACCCUAUCCACACUCUGAUCUAUAUCGCGUUCAUUAGCACUGCGUGCGCCAUCUUCUCCAAGACGUGGAUUGAAGUUUCUGGCAGCGGACCCCGCGACAUUGCGAAGCAGCUGAAGGACCAGCAGAUGGUCAUGGCCGGGCAUCGUGAAGGCUCGAUGUACAAGGAAUUAAAGCGCGUCGUCCCCACUGCCGCUGCUCUGGGAGGCGCCAUCCUCGGUCUUCUGUCUGUCGCGGCUGACCUAAUGGGUGCGAUUGGCAGCGGCACGGGUAUCCUCAUGGCCGUGACGAUCAUCUACAGCUACUGGGAGAUUGGCAUGCGGGAGGCUGGUGGACCCGAGAUGGCUGCUCUGAGCGACCUGCUAUGAUCGCUCAGACAGGUGGUGCCUGGGAGGCUCUUAUUACCGGGUGACUGGCGGUUGGAGGAGCGACCGCGUUUGUUACAUUAAUAAAAUGAGUAGUAAACGUUCUCUAGUCGUUUUUGGA